AAAGAAAAAAAUUGCCUUUGGUGAGAAUUACCCAUCAGCCCUAGCUCAGGCGCCAUUUUGCUUUGCGGAAAACGUGAGGAUUGUGAAAUAAUUUCGGCGAUUUUCAACCAAAAAAAGAAGCCGAAAUGCCAUCUGUGGAGCCAGACAAUAAACCCAGCUGGGCUGACCAGGUGGAGGAUCUUGAUGAUGAUGUUGAUGAUGUCCCCACUACUUCUGGAUCAAGCAAAGUAGAUGCCCACAUCACCCUAUCUGAUGAAGAGCUGCCCCCGCCGGAGGAAGUGAUUGAUGGGGACACAAAGGUCAUCACAGAGUACAGCAUCAAUGAUGAAGGGAAGAAAGUCAAGAUCAUCAGAACAUACAGGGUGGAAACCAGGAAGGCCUCCAAAACUAUUGCAAGAAGAAAGGCCUGGCCCAAGUUUGGUGACUCGGAGUAUGAUGGUCCAGGUCCAAACCCCUCCACUACAGCCAUCUGUGAUGACAUCUUUAUGACAUUUGUCACCAACAAAGAGGAAGCACUGAACGACAAAGAAGAAGACCCCAUGGCUAAGCUGAAGGGCACCAGAAUCGUGCAGUGUCGUAUCUGUAAGGGCGACCAUUGGACCACCAAGUGUCCGUACAAGGACACCCUGGGACCCAUCCAGGAGGAACUGGAGAAGUCUGACAAGCCUGGGGAGCCUGGAGCAGCAGGGGCCAAGGGUGAAAAACCUGAGCAGGCCGCUCCCGCCAGAGCUGCCGGAGGGAAGUAUGUUCCACCCAGUCUGAGGGGGGCCAACAGGGGCCCGGGAGAGUCCAUGGCACAGAGAAGGGAUGACCAAGCGACAAUUCGUGUCACAAAUCUGUCAGAGGACACGCGGGAAUCUGAUCUCCAGGAGCUGUUCCGACCCUUUGGCGCCAUCUCUCGUAUUUACCUGGCAAAGGAUAAGGUCACGCACCAAUCCAAGGGCUUUGCCUUCAUCAACUUCCACCGCAGAGAAGACGCAGCCAGAGCGAUAACAGGUGUCAACGGAUUUGGUUACGACAACCUCAUUCUCAAUGUGGAGUGGGCAAGGCCCUCCAAUCAACAGUAGGGUAAGGAAAUGAAGAACCCCACCACAAAUUACAAGAGACCCAAGUUUUCACUUCAACACCAGACAACUACACACAACUGUACAAUGAUAAAUGAUCCAUAGUGCACUUAAACAGUACUGUUUACCAUCACAAUUUACCAAGUUAAGAUCUUAAUAGCUGCCCAGGAACAAGGAAUUAAAACUGUAUAAUUCGUAGUAUUUGUGUGCAUACAAAUAGAGAGAGUACAUAUACAGUGUACUUUACUUAAUCUCCUAGAGGGUUCAAAAAGUGUUUACAUGGUCGUAUACAAAUGUAAGUUAUACACUCAAGAACCAGAUUCUUUAGGAAAACUUCUGAGUACAAUGUAGGUAGUUACAGUAUACGGCAAGAUGGUAAAAAAAAGAUGUCUGGAAAAAAAGGCUUUUUGGAGAUCAAUUCAAGGCAUAAUUGUUUGAUAUCAUGAAACCUCUUUUGACUGUUAGUCAUAUUUCAACACCAAUUGAUUAAAUUGAUAUGGACUGUA